AUGGAUGCUGGCCUUGAAGCGGAUAGAGUUACUCGUAUUCGCACGUUAGCGCUGAUGUCUCUACACUGCGAAGGCUACGAGGGUGCGGAGGCUGCAUCGAUGCAUCUUUGUCAGGCGAUCCAUCAAGCCCAGACUGCGGGUCUCCAUCUUGAUCAGCCCGACCGGAUUUCGGGCGAUUCGUUCUCAAAAUUGUUCUGGUGUCUUUGGACUUUGGACAAGAUGCACGCUAGCAUAGGUGGCCGCCCAGUCGUCCUUGCUGAUAGAGACAUUGGCUUGAGAAAGCCUAUUGUCAAAGCAGCGGAUGUGAUAUCUUUCUAUCGACCAUCCGCGGAUAACACCACCGGAUGGGAAAGCGACUUUCCGACCUUUGAGGAGAUAAUCGGCGACAAUGUCCAGGAGGGCUUAGAUUUUACAACGCUCGGCAUCCUCGAACUGUACUAUCAUGCUGUUGGCAUCCUUUCGUGCAGGUCAAGAUCGGUCGAUCGGCCACAUGGCUCCAACUCACGUAUCCGACAGGGCCUCGCUGCAGUUCGGAUUUAUUCCAUUGUGGCAACGGAAUGCUCACAGGACUUGCCUCCCCUGCCCAUUGUUCCGUAUGCAUUAGCUCUGUCCAUGGGCGUCUCCUACCAGCAAUUCCGGUCGAGUAGGAUAAUCACGCAUUUUAACCGAGCAAAGGCCAGCUUGGGGGCGUGCUGUUCUAUCUUGGAAAGCCUCGGCACGUACUGGUACUCCGCGGAGGCAAUGGCACGUCUAGGACGCAAGGCCUUGCGCCAGAUUGAGGAGGCGAGGCGGCCUGACGGUCAGCGAAACGAGCAGAGAUCCGGACAGCCGUCAGAUCCGGGCAACAUCACAUUUGCUUCCGGUUCCAGCAACCCCAUGUCCACUGUUCAGCGGACAACCAACAACAAUAAUAACCUUCAGGCUUCCGCCGAUGUCCCUCCAGACAUGCUGGCACAGAACCCCUCCACACAGGCACCGGAAGAACUGCAGAUGGCUGAGGGGUUGGAGCAAAAUGCCUUUGAAGACAUUGACAUGCUCUUUGGAGAUUUUCUCGAUCUCUCUUUACCCACUAACUUCUGGGACCCUCUGUUUUUCACUGAGGAUGAGCAGAUUCAAUGUGAUGAUCAAGCAUAG